UGUCCGUCUAUAGAAACGAAAUAAUAUAUUGGGAUUUUGUAAUUAACCCAAUUACUGACACAAUAAACCCAACAAAGUCUCAUGCUUCCUCUGUCUUCUCCGGCGACUUGAGAGCUCCAAGAGCCGAAAUCAGACCGUCAGAGAUUCAAAGGUAAAAGCUUUCGAUUUGUUCACAACUAGGCGAUGAGAUUUAAGCUAAACCCUAGUGGAUUCGCGUCUCUUAUCAAAUUGGUAGCACAUAUUUCUCUAGAACCCCCCCUGAUUUCUGGAACUGGCUUUCUCCUCCGUUAUACGCAAAACCCUAGAUCUUUCGCCACCCAGAGUACCGUCACCACCAGUAAAGAAGUUCCCAGCGAGAAAUCGAGUGUGAAGAGAACCCGAAAUGGGCUUCGGAUCACUCCCACUGUUCGCAAAUUGGCCGAGGAAGCUAUGUUGGAUUACUUCUAUUCAACUAGGAAUUUACAGUACAUGGUUGCAGAGAGCAUGAGCAAGAACAGUCCAAUUUUUAUUGAUGGUCUUUUGAAGAAGGUUGACUGUGUUACUGCUUCUGAAAUUAACCAGUCUAUUACUAGAUAUCUACGGUUUCAUCCUGUCAAUGAAUUUGAGCCUUUCCUUGAGAGUUCAGGUCUGAAUCCCACUGAGUAUACUCAUCUGAUUCCCUCUGAUAAGGAUUUCUUGGAUGAAGAAGGUUUUUUGCUGGAGAAUCAUCAUGUUUUGUGUUACAGUGGGGUUGACCCAAAGAAGAUUGGCAAGAUUUUCAUCAAAGCUAGGGAAGUUUUCGGUUAUGAAACCGGGGUUUUAGCCUCUAAGAUUAAGGCGUACGAGGAUUUGGGGAUGAGCAGAUAUUUUCUAGCCAAGCUUAUCGUUUGUAGCCCGGGAAUCCUGGUUGGGAAUAUGAAUCUUGAACUUGGUAAGGUUUUAAAGACGCUGAAAUCCUUGGGGUUUGACUUUGAUUGGGUUAUGGAGAACCUGUCAGAGGAGGCAUCUUGUGAUUGGAGCUCUGUGUAUCGUGUUCUAAGCUUGCUUAGAGAUAUCUGUUUUGAUGAGAAAGAGCUAUGUGGGUUAAUAAGGAAGUGUCCAAGACUGAUUUUUGAGAAUUCAGGCAGAUGGACAGUGGUUUUAGCUGGGUUUGAAACAAAACAUGGGUCAUCUAGAAGUGAACUAUGUUCGUUGUUUCAGAAGUUCCAGCAGAUACAAGUAGAAGAAUGUGUUUCGAAUCUAAGGCACUGCUUCUUGUUCCUGAAAGAGAUCGAGAUGGAAGAUGAUGAGAUUCAUAAGGUUUUCCGUUCUCACUCCUGGUGGCUUGGUUCAUGCAGGUUAAAGAAAACCAGUAGCUUGCUUUUAUACUUGAAGGCUGGGAAAGCCCGGCUUUGUCAGGUCAUUCAAGAAAACCCAGAGGAGAUGAAAAAAUGGACAAUGGGGUCGAAAGUCCAGCCGCUACCAGCUACUGAAGAGAAACUAGAGUCGAAAUCAAUGAAGGCUCAGUUUUUGUUGUACCUUGGGUACAAGGAGAACUCACAGGAAAUGGAGAAAGCACUCGAGAGGUUCUGUGGCAAAGGAUCUGAACUCCGGGAGAGAUUUAAUGUCCUUGUGAGUUUGGGUUUCAAAGAGAAAGAUGUCAAAGAAAUGGUGAAAGUAUCUCCUAAAAUCCUCACACAGGCAUCUGAUGUCCUAGAAUCAAAGGUUAACUACCUUGUAAAAGAAUUAGGUUAUCCGCUUUCGACUCUGGUGGAUUUCCCUUCAUGUUUAAAGUUCACUCUUCAGCGGAUGAAGCUCAGAUUUGCGAUGUUCUCUUGGCUUCAAGCUCGAGGAAAAGUAGGUCCUAAGAUUAAAAUUAGUACAAUGCUCGCUUGCUCGGACAAGAUUUUUGUGAGUUUUUUUGUAAACCGUCAUCCUGAUGGUCCUAAGCAUUUGGAGGAUUUGAAGAAGCUGCAUCUUUGAGUUGUGCAGAACUAAUUGCUUACUACGUUUUGUAGCAGUAGUAGAUCACUUUGUAUCCAAUUUUCUUUUGUAGGUGUACUCUCUUCUAAUGAUAAAAUUUUCUAAAUUCAUCUUUUAUAUUGUUUACCUUUGAAUA